AUGGAUGGAAACAAGCCGAGGAAGCGCAGUUUGACGACCUUCCCGAUUUUGAAAGCAAGGAAGAAGCAAAGUUUUACCUCUGUGAAGGUUGAGAGUAAGCCUUUGGUUCAAGUCCAGAAGCCAUCCUCCAAGAUCAAGAAGCUAAGAAUGACCCGGUGUUCACAUAAGAGUACAAACACCAACAUCACCGCACUCCCUUUUGUAGACACAAAGGGGAAGAACACAAUUAACUUCCCACACAUUGGCAACAAAGCCCAAUCAAAGCCAUCCACGCUGUAUCAGGAAAAUCAUAUUCACAAUCAAGCGCUCUCCUCUGAGGUCAAGACUUCAGAAAUACCUUUCAACUUUAACCCUAAAGCCCAAGACACCAAGCCACAUCCCGAACUACCAAAGAAACACAAGGUCCCUCUUACAGCAGCAGAGGCCCUAAAGUUUUUUAAGAAUCAGCUGUCCCCUUAUGAGCAAAGUGAAAUCCUGGGCUACUCAGAGCUGUGGUACCUGGGGCUUGAAGCCAAGAAGCUAAAGGUGAUGCCUGAGAAGUUCAGCAAGACAAGUUUUGAUGAUGAUCACGGCUCCUACCUGAAGGUCCUGCAUGACCACAUUGCCUACCGAUAUGAGGUUCUGGACAUGAUUGGGAAAGGGUCCUUCGGACAGGUGGUCAAAUGCUUGGAUCACAAAAACAAUGAGUUGGUGGCCUUGAAAAUUAUCAGGAAUAAAAAGAGAUUUCAUCAUCAGGCUCUGGUGGAGCUGAAGAUCCUGGAAGCCCUCCGAAGGAAGGACAAAGACAACAGCCACAAUGUGGUCCACAUGAAGGACUUCUUCUACUUCCGGAAUCACCUCUGUAUCACCUUUGAACUCCUGGGAAUCAACUUGUAUGAGUUGAUGAAGAACAAUAGUUUUCAAGGCUUCAGCCUGUCCAUAGUUCGGCGCUUCACCCUUUCUGUUUUGAAGUGCCUACAAAUGCUUUAUGUGGAGAAAAUCAUCCACUGUGAUCUCAAGCCGGAAAACAUUGUGUUAUACCAGCGGGGCCAAGUCACUGUUAAAGUCAUUGACUUUGGAUCAAGCUGUUAUGAACACCAGAAAGUGUAUACGUACAUCCAAAGCCGGUUCUACCGAUCCCCCGAGGUGAUUCUGGGCCACCCCUACAACAUGGCCAUUGAUAUGUGGAGCCUGGGCUGCAUCAUGGCGGAGCUGUACACAGGAUAUCCACUGUUCCCUGGGGAGAAUGAGGUCGAGCAGCUGGCUUGCAUCAUGGAGGUGCUGGGUCUGCCACCUGCCCACCUCAUCCAGACGGCCUCCAGGAGACAGAUAUUCUUUGAUUCCAAAGGUCUUCCCAAAAACAUAACCAACAACAGGGGAGAGAAAAGAUACCCAGAUUCCAAGGAUCUCACGAUGGUGCUGAAAACCUACGACACCAGCUUCCUAGACUUUCUCAGAAGAUGCUUGGUAUGGGAGCCUUCUCUCCGCAUGACCCCCGACCAGGCCCUCAAGCAUGCCUGGAUUCACGAGUCACGGAAACUCAAAACCCGGCCCAGGCCGCAGAUCCUAAGGAAGUCCAGUGUCUGUACUUCUUCUGAGAUGAGCAAGGACAAGGUUGAAGAGCAUCAGUCCAGCAAAAGCAAAACAGAAGAGACCACCAAAGAAACUACAGACAAACUGAAAGAUGAUCCUGAGAAGCACAGUCAGAAUUCAGGCAAACGGCAGAGCUCUCUCCAGCACACAGCUGACACAGUCCAGCUGCCUCAUCUAGCAGAAGCUUCUGGAAAGCCAGAGACUGUUUCUGGGUCAGAGGUGUCCACAGAACAACAAUGCACCUCCUCCCCUAAGAGCACUAACAUUUUGCCACCCAUCAUGUGACCCUUGUGGAGGGUGCAUCCUGUUCCUUCCCACCAGCGAUUUGUAUUAGAGAAGGCACUUCGAUUAUACAAUACUUCACAUUGCUUUUUUAAUGCAUAAAGGUUUGUAAGAAAAAUCAAACUCUAUUCACAUGGUGAGUUGGCAUGAUUCCUCCAGUGAAGGUUGACGGGGGCCGGGGGAAGGAAGGUGCUUUACCUGAACUUACUUUUUAAGGUAUGUGUAUGUUUGUGUAGGGGGUACUGUCAGAUGCUACAGCCUCAUUCAUGGAACUCCAAAUAAAAUCAGAUCUUUUCUUGUUUGUGACUGUCAAUCAGUGUUAAUCAGGAUUCUCUUGUUUUGUUUUGUUCAUGUGCUUGUAUAUGUGUGUGCAGGUGCAUAUGGAGGCUAGAGAAUAACCUCGGGUGUCAUUCUCCUUGCUGUCCACGUGGUUUCCUGAGGCAAUCUCUCAUUGGCCUGAAACUUGCCAAGUAGGUCGGACUGGCUGGCCACUGAGCAGGGAUCUGUCUCCACCUCUCCAAGGCUGGGAUUACAAGUGUUCUCCACCAUGCCACCCUUUUUAAGAUUUAUGUGUGUGUGUGUGUGUGUGUGUAAACAUGGGUGAGCAGGUGCUCAAGGAGUGUGUGUGUGUGUGUGUGUGUGUGUGUGUGUGUGUGUAAACAUGGGUGAGCAGGUGCUCAAGGAGUCCAGUAUUGGGCAUCAGAUCCUCUGGAGCUGGAGUUGCAUGUGGUUGUGACCUGCCUGAUGUGGGUGCUGGGAACUGAACUCUGGUCCUCUUGAAGAACGAGCAUGCGCUCUAUCACUUAGCCAUCUCUGUAGCUCCAUGUCUGGUCUUUUUUCAUUGGUCCUGGGUAUCAAACUCAGGUCCUUAUGCUUAUGUGGCAAACAUUUUACCAACUGACCUAGGUCCUCAGCCUGGUGUUCUUGUUUGAAAAUGCUGGCUGCUGUCAUACCAGUUUAUUGAUUUGUACAGUUAAGGAACAGUUCGGAUUCAUCUAUUAGCCUUGCCUCUUGCCUCCCUCUACUUCUCCCCCUCUGUAACUAGCUUUGUUCCGAUGACAGGCUCAGCCUGGAAGUUAAGGGAUUACACACAUCCUCUCCAAAGUGCAGUCUUGGGGUUGGCGAUACCGCUCAGGCGGUAGAGUGAUUGCCACAUAAGCAGGGGGGCUUGAAUGUGGUCCUUAGUGCCCAAGUGAAAAGCUGGCUGCAGUGGUGUUUCGAGUGGCUGGAACUCAGUCAGCUCUGGGCGAGGUAGGCUACUUCAGAGCCCACCUCACUACAAAAAACAUUAGCCGCAUCCUCUAAAAUAAAUCAAUAAACAAAUGUAAAAAAAAAAAAAAGUCUGGGCUAGCAAGAUGGCUCAGUGGGUAAAAGUGAUGGCUGCCAAACUUAAUGAAUAGUCGGAGUUUCUGUCUUGCCAGGAGUAAGAGCCCCAGACCUCACAUGGUGGAAGAAGAGAACUGAUUCUCUCAAGUUGUCCUCUGACCUCCACACCCGCGCUGUGGUAGGCACGUCUUGCCCCCAAAUAAAUGCAUAAAUAAAUGUAGUUUAGAUUGGAACUGGUAGGCAUGUCUUGCCCCCAAAUAAAUGCAUGAAUAAAUGUAGUUUAGACUGGAACUGGAUAUGGGGCAGAGGAUCACUUUAAGCUACUGAACAUACUGUCUCCACUGCCCAGGCGCAAGCAUUGCAGCCUGAACUACCACACUCUACUGAGAACUCAGCCUCAGACCAGUGCUUUCUUUUAUGCCACUGGGGUGAAACCUAGGGUCACGAUGGCUACGUCUGCCACACCUAUAGUCCCUGGGGCUGUUUCAGCUCUACCUUGAACUGUGGGUACAGUUGGAGGUGGGCAGUGGUUCCACAGCUGUGCAGACCACAUGAGGUGUGGGAGCCCGUUCUCGGGUUCCUCGUGGCUUUACCCAGCAGGUCCACAUAGAGGAUGAUUAGGACCACGGGCCUGAGUGCAGGUGUCUGAGAUGGUCUGCACUUGGCUGUGCUGGGGGAGGAGGUCUUUUGCUCCACCCCUUGGCGUCUCUAUAAAAACCCUGGGGCAGAGAC